GUGGCCUGACGGCGGGCGGCGGGCGACGUCGAGUGUACUCUGUGCUCUGUCGUUAUUUUAUUAUUGUUAUUAUUAUUAGUAGUAUUAUCGUCGUCGUCGUCCGUACUCACGGAGGCGCGUAUUCCAACUACGAAAGCUUCGCUGUAUAACGUAAUAAUUCUUCCUGCCUUUUUACCGAUUGUUAAGCUCCUUACGUGUAUAAUGUAAUAUUUUCGUACCCGUGUAACAACACCGGCGAACUACCUCUUACUUUUCGUGUGUGUUUGUGUGUCAUUUUUCAUCCGUCAAUCUUGUCCAUGCUUCCAUCCCAGUACUAAAAAAAAAAAAAAUCUCCAUCAGUGUCAGUGUACUCUUUUUAAAGCUCCUGUAAGCAAAGGGUAUACGUAUCGUAUUACGGUGUCUGUGUCUGUGUGUCAGUGCCCCCAUGCAUGUGUGAAAUAUCUGCAAGUGCACAAUAUCUGACGGCUGCACGACACGACGCGCGCGAACCUCCACCGAACGUGUGCACAACCUAUAUAUCCGCGGAGAGCGCAACAUCUGAAAAAAAAGGGAAUCACGACGACGUCGCAUGCAAGGAGCAGCCUCAGCUUUCACGAGCUUACAACAAGCAUGAUCAGAGAAAAGCCAAAGGAAUCGAGAAGCGUCUCAGUAGUAGCGGUAAAAGCAUCGAGUCGGAAGUUCAGCCGUCGCUCAUCGUCAUCGUCGUCGUUGUGGUCGUCGUCGAAAGCGAGGAUCAUCCAUGAGAGCCGGGAGAUCGAUCGCUGCUGCCUCUUCGCCGCCGUUUGCCACAGGGAGCAUGCUGCCCGAGCCGAGGGUAGCAGGAGGCCGUGACAGUCAAGUAAUAACCACCGCCGCGGAGCAACGACAACAGAAACGUCGCAGAGGACGACGACGAAGAAGACGAUUAUUAUUAUCUUCGCUGUGCACUGCGAGCAACGAGGAGGAGUUUUCCAAUUUGCAUCAUCGUCGUCAUCGUUGUCGUCAUGAGCAAGAGCGUCGAGCUGCUCGCGAACGACGACGUCGAGCCCGGACACGGUGAAAUCGACAAGGACAAUGGGCUGCUCGACGACAGCCGUCGUCAGCUGUCGCGCAGCGCCACGGAUCUGCGUAGCGCCGAGCGCAAGAGCGGCAGCAAGUCGCCGCUGUUCUUUCACCUGGGCCGCAACAGGUCCCGUACGGCGACGACGACAAGCAGCAGUGGCGAGGGUGGCCAUGGCCACCACGUGGUCCACAAGCUGCACCACCAUCGGCACAUCUCGGUGGCGCAGCGCACCCACUCGUUCUUCGCCAGUCUCAAGUCCAAGUGGAUGGCCAGCCGGGCCAAGGAGCGCACGGGCAAACGAGGCUCCAAGGACCUGCUCGCCGGGGACUCGCCGGGCACGUCGUCGACCAGUCCCCACAGGCAGCGUCAUCAUCAUCAGGACUCGGACUACGCGGCCGACUACUCGUCGGCGGAUCACAGCAGGAGCUCGUCGGCCACUCAGAGUCCCGCCAGGCAUCUGCUCAAUCAUCCCCCCGAAUCCCCGUUAGCGCGCUCGAGUCCGAGGAACGUCGGCUCGAUGAAAAAAGGAUCCGAGGACGGCUCGACGACGACGCAGCAGCAGCAGCAGCAGACCAGCAGCAGCCACGCGACGACUACUUCGACGACAGCUGCUGCGACCAACGCGAUGUCUUCGUCGUUUUUCUCGAGCACGGCAGCGGCUCUGGUCAGUUGCACCGACGGCGUGGUCGAGGCGCCGUCGCAGCAGCAGCAGCAGCAGCAGCAGCAGGACGACGACAACGACGCGGGCACGGACAAGGACGAGGACACCCGCAGGAGGGAGCUGGCCCUGCGUCAGCACGCCUUCUUCCAGAUGAGACUGCACAUACGUCGAGGCGCUAAUCUCGUAGCCAUGGAUCGAUCGGGUUUUAGCGAUCCCUACGUCAAAGUUAAAUGCAACGGCCGACUUUUGCACAAAUCUCGCACGGUCUACAGGGAACUGAAUCCUGUGUGGGACGAGAGCGUCACGCUACCUAUCGAAGAUCCAUUCCUGCCUCUGAAUUUCAAGGUUUUCGAUUACGACUGGGGCCUGCAGGACGACUUUAUGGGCGCGGCACAGCUGGAUCUGACGAAGCUGGAGCUGGGACAGAUGCAGGAUUUCACGCUGGAGCUGAAGGAUCCCGCCAGGCCGCAGAGGCAACUCGGGGAAAUUUUCAUUUCCGCCACCCUCUGGCCCAAGAAUCAACAAGAGAAAGAACAGUACUUCCAGAAGAGCAGUCGGCUAGCGGACGUCAACCGUAGAUUAAAGUCCCAAAUAUGGAGCUCCGUCGUGACGAUAGUGCUCAUACAGGCCAAAAAUUUAAUACCCAUGGACAUCGACGGCACCUCGGAUCCUUACGUCAAAUUCAGACUCGGCGUGGAAAAGUACAAAUCCAAGGUGAUCGCCAAGACGCUGAAUCCGAUGUGGCUCGAGCAGUUCGAUCUGCAUCUGUACGAGGAGGGCCAGGAGCUCGAGGUCACGGUCUGGGAUCGCGACAAGAGCCGCCACCAGGACGAUCUCAUGGGCCGCGUGGUGAUCGAUCUCGCGCAGCUGGAGCGCGAGAAGACCCACAGCAGGUGGCACGAGCUCGACGACGGCGCCGGUGGCAGCAUCUAUCUGCUGCUGACGAUAAGCGGCACCACGGCGAGCGAGACGAUCAGCGAUCUGGCCUCGCACGAGGAGACGCCCCAGGAGAAGCAGCUGCUGCUGCAGAAGUACUCGCUCGGCAACACGUUUCAGAGAUUCCGCGACGUUGGUCAUCUCACCGUCAAGGUUUAUCGAGCGCAGGGUCUGGUCGCGGCCGACCUCGGCGGAAAGAGCGAUCCCUUCUGCGUGCUGGAGCUCGUCAAUUCCCGACUGCAGACCCAGACGGAGUACAAGACUCUGACCCCGAACUGGCAGAAAAUUUUCACCUUCAAUGUAAAGGAUAUAAACUCGGUGCUGGAAGUGACUGUAUACGACGAAGAUCGGGAUCACAAAGUCGAAUUUCUGGGCAAAGUGGCGAUACCUCUGCUGAGGGUGAAAAACGGACUGAAGCGAUGGUACGCCCUCAAAGACAAGAAGCUGCGCUGUCGCGCCAAGGGCAACAGUCCGCAAAUACUGCUGGAGAUGAACGUCGUCUGGAACGCGGUGCGCGCCUCUUAUCGCACGCUAAAUCCCAAGGAGAAGAAAUUCAUGGAGCCCGAGACGAAGUUCAAGCGACAGAUCUUCAUCAGGAACGUGGUGAGGCUCAAGUCGGUGGUCAUGUGGUUCUACGAUUGCGGAAAGUACAUACAGAGUUGUUGGGAGUGGGAAUACAAAAUGCGCAGUUCCAUUGCGUUGGUGUUGUUCGUGGUCGGAACGUACUAUUUCGAGCCAUGGAUGGUGCCAACCCUUGCGUUCCUCAUAAUUUUCUAUUACUAUUUGGUCACAGUUUUUACCGGAGUUCCUCUUUCUAAUCAGAUGAGUGUUCACCUUCAUGACUCGGUGGACGGCAAUGAAGACGGCCCGCCGACCCCUGGCGAAGACGACGAAGACGAUGAAGAUAAAGACAAAGAAGAGAAAAAAAGUCUGAGAGAGACGUUCCAGGCUAUUCAAGAAGUUACGCAGACUGUACAGAACUCCAUGGGUUACAUAGCUAGCCUCUGCGAGAAGGUCAAGAAUUUGUUCAACUUUACCGUUCCUUAUCUCAGCUGCUUGGUCAUGCUGUUGACAGUCUGCGCGGCGAUAAUCCUGUUUCUGGUUCCCCUGCGCUAUUUGAUACUCCUAUGGGGCAUUAAUAAAUUUACGAAGAAAAUUAUUAGGCCACAUUCGGUGCCUAAUAACGAAUUGCUUGAUCUCAUAUCUAGAGUACCUGAUGACGAAGAAUUACUCAAUUAUAGGGAACUUCGACCCUCACCAACGGCCGACGGGGAAGGUCGCGACGGCGCGGCCAGCCCGUCGAGCCCGACCGGCUCGCUAUCCAGGCGCGAACUGCGUCGCCGACAGCAGCAGCAGAAGCAGCAGCAGGCACAGAACCAAUCGCAGGCGUAGCAACAGCAUGUCCCGCGACCGGACGUCGCGGGACUCCGAGCGCACGGAGCUCACAAGCGCUCGCUCCUGCGCCAGAAAUUCGAAUACUUGCGCCAACGUAUGGGCUCGACCGAGAGGCCGGACUCGCCCGAGCCCGAGUGAUAGCGUCGUCGGCCGCUUUCGACGACUUUUUAGACUAAUUAGUUAAUCGAAGCGUAAUGAAUAGAGCUAUUUUGCACUUUGCGGUCCAUGCCUAUGAAUUAUUGUACAUAUUUAUAGCGAAUGCGAAUGGUGAUAAGUUAGAGACGGAUGCAGGAAAUGGAAAACUGGUUCUUCCUCGGUAACAAGAAUACUUUGCUUUCAAUCGUCUUUCAAAUUUUCCAUUAGUUUAACUAGUGAUUAUUGAUGAUCGGUAACACGAAAUGGUUACCGAGUAUUUUUCUUGCAUCCUUUUAAUUUACUCAAUGAUAAGAUGAGCAAUUAGUAGUACGAUAAAUAACAAUUCUAGUUUUUUAUUUUAAAUAUUAGAGACUGUGAGUCUGAUAAUUUCAAAAUACAAUUUUUAAGAAUUUUAUCUCAGUUUUUCGACUAAUUAUGUCGAUGGACUUUUUUUAGGUUUACACUGAUUUGAUAUUUUAAUAUUUCUUGUAACAGAUCAUAUCUUACUAAAGUCGUUUGGCAGUGAGCUUCCUGUUUGUGUCAUAUUUUUACAAGAUAAUUUUUAAAUUAACAACUAAUUAUAGUUAGCGUGAUGUAAAAAUUUAUUUUAAUUAAGUUCUAUUUGUAACAACUUAUAUCAUAUUUCGUAAAUAUGACUUUGUGAUAAGAUGAAAAUGCAAAUAUCGAAUAAUCAUCGAGAUCUCUUAAUUCUGAAUUUGUUCUUUGUCCAAACCUGCAUCGUCGAGUUGAAAACGCAGAGAACAGCUUUUAAGCACGAAUGCGCGUAAAAAUUAUGAAUAGUUGCCUUAAUCAACGUAAAUUUAUGAAGCUUAUGAUAUAAAUAUGAUGCAAUAAACAUUGACAUUUAUAUGUAUCAUAAUAUUCAACACUGGAUCAAUAUAACGUCUAGUAUCUCUUUUGUAA